GAUCAUCUAGAACUAGGUAGAUCACAUACGAAAACCUACCUGGAUUGAUACCCAACGCUGUCAAUCCAACAUUAUUUAUACAACUACUGGUAUUAAUCCAUACUAUUGAUCGAAUCUUCUUGUUCUCAUGGCCCCCUUAAAAGUAUUGGAGAAAUCAGUUCCUCCUUUGACAGUGGACUUGAAGCGAAGAUUGUGGAGCACUAACGGAGUUCUCAUCAGUGGAUCUGCAAAAUGGGCUUUCUUCGCUAUACUUAUUGUGUUGAUUAUUGUUGUUAUCUUAGGUACUUUAAGGGUUAACAAAAGAAGAUCCAAGUUCGGGGCACAACCACUUUAUGGUACUCGCUGGAUGACUCCUCCUCUGUAUCGCCAAUCACAGACACAGUACAACCAACCAAACAGAAGAGACCCCGAAUUGCCAAGUGCUUACGUUCCCACAUAUACUGCCACUGCUAACGAGACAGAUAUGGGCUACUACGAUGCACAUGGCGAAUUUCAUCCUAAUCCGAAUGCGAAGUCGGCCACUGUCAUUCCUCCGCCAGAAGCCCAUCAUAGACAAAACAGUACUACUAGCAAUGGUGUACCUAUCAACAACAACUUUACUGGUGGUACAGUGACUGAUGAAGUAGGUCAUGAUCGUCAUGACGAUGAUGGAUUUGACGAUAUGUUCAGACCCCCAACAACUGCUCCUCCAACAACUACAACACCUACUUAUAAUUUCAUGCUUCGUCCUCAAGGAGAAGCAACUGAGAAUGUUUCACAAGAAGAAUACGACCGUCCAGAUGGACCUCCACCAGCACGGGAGGGAUCCUCGUCACAAUCAGAAAGCUUGCCAAGCUUUACUGAGGGAAAGAGUCCUCCAAAAGUAUCGGAAAAGUCUCAGCUCAAUUAAUCGCUUAUGGUUAGAUCGACUGGUAUUACUUUUACAAUCCAUUCUCCAAUCAAACAAAUUAUAAUUCUAAUUCUUAAGACAUCUUCAACUUAAUGAACUUACUUUUAUUUCU